AUCUCAUAAAACCACAAUUCUCUACCAACUCUCCUCAAAAGCUCUCUCCUUCUUAAGUGAAUAAACAAAAACUUUCAUAUCGAUAGUACUAAGACAAAAAUGGAUCAAAAUUUGCCAAUCAUAGCAAAGAAGUUCUGGAAAAUAGUCCGAGUGGCUUACUUCAUGUUGAGAAAAGGGUUAUCAAAGAGAAAACAAAUGUUUGAUCUCAACUUAUUUAUGAAACGUGGCAAGAUUGCUGGCAAAGCCGCCUUUCAAAAUCUCAUGUUCCAGGGCCAUAAUACCCAAGGCCACCAAUCAUCUUCCAAAGAGUACUAUGAGUUCAGCUGCAGUAACAGCCCUGCUUUCCACCUCCCUUUCAACCUCAACAAACGCAAUAAGCAGACUCACCAUGCACCUGCCAUUGAACACGACGAUGUUUUAAUGAUGAACUCUGCCGUUUUGAAGGCAUUGGAAAUACUUCAGAGUGAAACGGCGUCACCUGCAUUGCCUGGAUUCGGUAGAACUCCAACAGUGAGGCAAUUAAGGGUCACUGACUCUCCUUUUCCUCUAAGAGAUGCUGACUGUGACAUUAGCCACGUAGACGAGAAAGCUGAUGAAUUCAUUUCACGGUUCUACAGAGAUUUGAGAAGAGAGGCCUCUGCUUUUUCUUAGUUAUUCGGAGUUUUUAGAAGAAUACAUAAAAAGAAAAUAAUGUUAGUAUAUAAAUGUGAUGAUGCUCCCCUUAGCUAAUUUGUUUCAUCCUAUAAUACAUUCAAGGCUGAAGUCUUGAAAUUUUGCAUUCACAAAUUCUUUUUCUCUUAAUUUGAUUGUCGACGACUUGUAC